GAGAGAGUGAGCAUGUGUGCUAUGCGGCAGUUCAUUAUUCAUGGCUCGGCAUGCACUGCUUACAAUCCACCAUCAGACGAUGUCUCUUGGGCGGUGCUGAUCUUUAAAAGAAGAGACAGAUUUAAAGACACGGGCGUCAUCCUUUGCUGAGGCGUCUGUUUUCACCACAUCAUCAUCUUCCUCACUCCUCUUCACUUCUGUAUUAUAUCUUUAUCCCAUCUGCAAGAGUCGUAUUGCUGUGCUCUUGCUACUUAUUUUUUUUAACCCCAUCCAAACAUCACACGUACCAUUAGUUUGAGUUAACGUGCCUCAUCAUGUCUGGACAACAGCCCGUCAUCAUUUGGCUCAACAGCGUCCUCAUGGUGCUUACCAUUGCCGCAUUGUGUGCACGGGUUGGACGAAGAAUAUUUGUUGUUGGUAAAUUCGGCGGGCAUGAUUCUUUGAUUACACUGGCUGCAGUGUCUGCAUGCAUCUUCUCCUCUCUUCAGAUUGUUGGAACCACAUACGGUCUGGGUCGCCAUCAAGAUCAAGUCGAUCCCUCAAAUAUGCCCAAGAUUGCUAAGCUCCUAUUGGCCUCCAACUGCUUCUACUUCCUCUGCAAUUGGGUCGUCAAACACGCCCUCCUCCUCUUCUACACCGAGAUCUCACGUGAGAAGUCCCAUCACUACGCCAUCAACUUCAUGCAUUUCAUCGCAUUUGGCUUCGGCUCGUCCUCCAUACUCGUGAACAUCUUCCAAUGCCGUCCAUUCCGAAAGGCGUGGGCGCCGGAAAUAUCGGGAUACUGCGUGAACAUCGACUACUUCCUCUACGCCAACGCGAGCAUCAUGCUCACGACCGACAUCGUCCUAUACGCCAUGCCUGUCGUCUUCACAAGGAAGCUGCAGUUGAGGAGGGCCCAGAGGAUCGGACUGAACUGCCUCUUCGCAUUAGGCGGCCUUGUCCUGGCAGCCAGCGCCGCAAGAGUGAACGCGGUCCACAAGCUCGCCGUCGAACCCGAUCUACCAUGGUGGUUCGCCAACGCGAUGAUCUGGUCCGUCCUGGAAAACCACCUCGCCAUCGUCGUCGCUUGCGCCCCCAGCGUAAAAGUCAUCGCCUUGCUCGCCUUCCCGCGCGUGACCUCCUCCAUCCGAGGCGUCGUCUCGAAAGUGACGCCCUCGUCCUCGCGCUCCAGAUCCCGCGCCUCGGGCGCUAUCGACCUGGAGACCGGAUCGAUGUCGACGACGCGGAAGAGCGACCAGCUCAAGCCGACGCCGUACAGCACUCCCUUGCCGUCCCCUGCGCUCACUGUCGAUACGCGGAAGAGCCGCGCCAGCCGCGCGAGCGGAGGGUUCGCGAAGUGGUUUCGCUCGCCGACGAGCCCGAGGGCGCUGGAGAGCGGGGACAGCAUUGAAGGGCAUGGGUUGGUGUAUGCGGAGGAGUUGAGGAGCGUGCAUGUCGAGCAUACGAUUACGGUGGAGGAGAAUAGGAAGAGCCAUGAUGCUGCGAUCGCUGGUGGGGGUACCGUCCAUGCGAUGUGAGUUUAGGCUUUGGGAUGGGGGGUUGGGAUUGUAGUUUGUUAGCGCUUUCACUUCUCUUCUUAUGUAUUUUACUUAGGGUUUCUUGGAACUUUUGAUUGAUGGAGUUGACGGUCAUGGUGUUACGAUGGGUGGCAUGUACUUGUAUGAUACUUUCACGGUGUAUGGAUUCUGGGAUCGGGAGGUCAUCGUCAUGAUAGUGAAGGUUUUUUUAUUGAUUUGUUGUUUUAUUCCGG